AUGGGUAACCUGCCGGUAUCAAGAGUUGUUCCUUCACCUCCAUUUUCUGUAACUGGUGUUGACUACGCCGGUCCCUUUUGGACUAGACAAGGUUCGCGUCGUCCUGCGAUAGUAAAAUCAUACGUGGCUGUUUUUGUUUGUAUGUCAACUAAAGCAGUACACUUGGAAGCUGUAUCCGACCUGAGCACCGAUGCCUUUUUAGCAUCUCUUCGACGACUGAUAGCUCGACGAGGUAUGAUUCACGAAUUGCACUCGGAUAACGCCACUAAUUUCCGAGGUGCCAACCAUGAACUACACGUGUUGUACCAGCAGUUUCGCAAUCAGCAGACUGAAGAGGCCAUAAAAUCGUUUUGUCGUAGUCGUGAGAUCGAGUGGCAUUUCAUCCCACCGGAUGCGCCCGAAUUUGGAGGCCUAUGGGAGGCCGCCGUUAAGUCGUGUAAAACUCAUCUGAAGCGUGUCGCAGGCAACGUGAAGUUAACCUUCGAAGAACUGGCUACUGUUCUGACUGAAAUCGAGGCCGUUAUGAACUCUCGACCCUUUUUUGCAAUCUCCAAUGACCCCGCAGAUCCACAAGUGAUUACGCCAGCACAUUACCUCAUCGGUCGUCCGCUUACUGCUCCUGCCGAACCAUCUUUAGAGAAUGUUAAGGUAUCCCGUUUGACACGAUGGCAACAUCUACAGCUCCUUCGUGAACAUUUUUGGCGUGCUUGGAGUCGUGAUUAUUUGAACACCCUGCAGCCACGGAGGAAAAUCUACGAGAGAUCUCUAAUGUUAGAGUUGGUAUGA